GUCAUGUAAAAAAGCGCUAGCAAUAAGACCCAAACGCCGCGCUAUUGUCCAAGCGGAAAGAGCCAAGUUUAUUAUGAGGACUAUAUGCUCUAGAGACCUGGGGCUAGGCGGCUCCUUGGGAGGCUUUUCAUAAAACAAGGCUCAGCUCCUAUAAAGGAGGGCAGUUUUGGAGCAGGCACCGAGCAGUGCACAUCGACCAGCGGCGAGAACCUCCUCCAAAACUAGUCAAAACCCAGCUCACGAACUUUCUCUUUCUAUAUCUAUUCCCCCUUUUCUUUCAUUCUCUCUUUUUUUGUAUUUCUUAUCGUUUUCCGUUCUUCGUUCCUCUGCUUUUCCAUGCACUGCUCGCCAUUUUAAUCAAAUUUGAAUCUGACGCUGGUGGCGUGCGCGCGCGUGUGUAUAUGUGUGUGUUGCCUUUUGGCUUUGGGAGCGCCGGCUUUCCUUCCACACUGAGCCUUUUCAAUGUAUAAAAUGGAGUAUUCUUACCUCAAUUCCUCUGCCUACGAGUCCUGUAUGGCCGGGAUGGAUACGUCUAGUCUGGCCUCAGCUUACGCGGACUUCAGCUCGUGCAGCCAGGCCAGCGGCUUCCAGUACAACCCCAUCAGGACCACGUUCGGGGCCACCUCUGGCUGCCCGUCGCUCACCCCGGGUUCCUGCAGCCUGGGCACCCUGCGGGACCACCAGAGCAGCCCCUACGCGGCAGUUCCCUACAAGCUGUUCACCGAUCACGGAGGCCUGAACGAAAAGAGAAAGCAGCGGCGCAUCCGGACCACCUUCACCAGCGCGCAGCUUAAGGAGCUCGAGAGGGUUUUCGCCGAGACCCACUAUCCAGACAUCUACACACGGGAGGAGCUUGCCUUGAAAAUCGACCUCACAGAGGCCAGAGUGCAGGUAUGGUUUCAAAACAGACGCGCGAAGUUCCGCAAGCAGGAGCGCGCAGCCGCCGCAGCCGCAGCAGCAGCUAAGAGCGGCUCUGGCAAGAAGUCGGACUCCCGGGAGGAGGACAGCAAAGAAGCUAAAGCCACAGACCCGGACAGCACCGGAGGUCCCGGGCCCAACCCGAACCCCACGUCCAACUGCGGGGGGCCGAGCCCCACUGGGGGUCAGGUCAGUGCCACUGGAAACGGCCCCGUGGAGCAGGCCAAGACCUCAGUGGGCGGCAUGGGGCCCAACACGCCCAGUCAAGGCUGGGCUUCAGCCCCGGGCACCAUCACCUCCAUCCCGGACUCUCUGGGGGGACCAUUCGCUAGCGUACUGUCGUCUUUGCAAAGACAGAACGGAGCCAAAGCCACUUUAGUAAAGACCAGCAUGUUCUGAAAUCAGUGAACCGACGAGAAAACAAAACGAUGAUGAUGACAAAGAGAAAGAGAGAGGGGAAACAAGACAAAUAAAAGCAAAUGGACUCACGAUUUGACUCGUUAAAAGGAGGAAUGCCAAAAGAAUAAGGGACACGUUUCUCUGAUGAAAAUAAAUGAGGAGACCACGACCGGUCGCAACCUGACUUUCGAUGCCAUUCGUUUACAACAAGCUGGAUGAUAGCGUAUACCUAGCCCAAGUUAUAUCAUCUUUUCGUUUUUUUACCUCUCCAGUCUUUUUUAUUUUAGUUAAGUAUAGCUGUGGUUGUCGAUGCCAUUUCGGAUAGCUGUAAGUAACUGAUAAACUGUCUGGUGCGUCUUUGCAGCAAACAGUAUCCCACCAUGGACUCUAAAUAAUGUCAUCAUCACACGGCAUCAUAGCUGUUUGUUUACACUGACUUUUAAGCGUUCCUGUACCGUAAAUUAUAUGUCUGUAUCACAGAUUACUGCCUAUGUUAUAUAUUUCUACUUAUAAAAGCUACCAAGCCUUAGAGUCAGUGGCUCUAAAAACAUUCAUCAAAAUAUCUAUCAAAAUGAUGCAUUAAAAUGGCACAAGUACAUAUUUCACUGUUAACAGGAAUAACGUAAACGUUUUGUGUGUCUUUCUACAGCUGUGUUUUUGUGGCUCAAAUUGUAUAGUGUUAAUACGUAAUAUCGUCCUAGAUAAACAUAGACCAUAUCUCCCCUUGUAGUUCAGUCUUUUUAAUGUUUUACGAACUUACCACUGGUAAAUUAUUUUGAAAAAAAAAGGGAUUUGAUGCAAAGCAUUAUGUUUUUUUUGUUUAUUUUGCUUCCUCCUUUGAUUUGUUAUUUUAUUUCUUUUUCUUUCUGUUCCUUUUUGCAUGUUGUCUUUUCCGUCCAAAUUUAUAUUCAGUUCACCUCUUAUGUGAGCAUAAUGUAACACGUUUUGUCCGGGAUUUGAGAAUUAUUUAUAUGUAGGUAAUGGAUGCUUAUAUUUAAGAAAGAAAUAUUUCUACAUGUGCACAUAGUUUUUCAGGUGUACCAUUGACAUGGUUGUUGAUGAUAAAAUCAAUAAUGACGAAAAACAACACUGUCCUGGUUUCUCUUCAGGGUGACUUAUAAGGAAGCCCUGCAACUUGUCCUUUUGUUGCUUUGUAUUUUUUUAAAGCAGGGAUGUUUCAAACAUAAACAUGCUUCUAGUUUUAAUAUAUCAUGAAAUGAUUUACAGAAAACGUUAGGCUUUAGCUUGUAAAUUCAGCACCACGGACAGCAACAGGGGCUUUCAUGUAAGAUUCACUAAUGUGGUUCCAACAGGGAACAAACAGUGUUUACAUCAACAUUUCAUUAACA